AUGUCAGACGUUAGUUCAUUACAUCCUGAUUCUUCACAUUCUGUAUCAACAGAUACUGAAGAAUCUUUCCUUAUAAGGCAAAUUAAUAAAUCACAAUUUUUUAAUAGUUCAAAUUCGAAUUCAAACUCAAAUUCAAACUCUUCAAAUUCUUAUUUAAAUACUACAAAUUCAGAUUCAAAUUCAAAAAGGUCAACUGGGAAAUCAUUCUUUAGAGAAUCAUUUAUUGAUGAAAAUGGAACUAAUAAACCUUUUAAUAUUUAUCAAGAUGUUAUAAAUGAAAAUGAAGUUCAUAAUGAUCAUGGACAUAAGAACACUGAGUUAUCAAGGGCCUCGAGUUUAAAUAGAACUUCUUCAAAUCCAAAUACUUCAAAUAUUCUUGCUGAUUUAGAUGGUAAUAAAACUCAUUCAAGAUCUGGUUCAUUGAAAAAUAUAACAUUAUCAAGAUCAAAUUCUUUCCAAAAUCAUAAAAGAAAUAAAAGUAGAGCUUCAAUCAAUAGAAGUUCAUCAAAAACAAGUAUAAAAAGAAAUUCAUUAGGUUCAAUUAAUAUGUUAAUACCUCAACCUCAAAACAAUUCAUCAAAUUCAAAUAUAAAUUCACCAAGUGAAUCAACUAUUUCAAGUUUCUCACAAACAAAAAAUCAUCAAUCAAUAUUUGGACCAAAUUAUAAUUUCCAAAUUUAUAAUAAUAAUAAUUAUAAUAAUAAUUAUAAUAAUCCUUCAUCACAAACUCCUGAACUUCCACCUCCAAAAUUUGAAUUUCGUGAUUCUAAUGGACAAAUCAAUGAAGACGAAAAUGAGGAACCAUAUAAUAGAGAAAGUGCUUAUAGAGAAAGGAUUAUAUCAGCUUAUGCUACAAAUUUUGAUGAAUAUGCUUUAACUCCAGAGCAAGAACAACAAGGAAAACAACCAGAACCUCAAAUGUUAGAACCAGUACCGAAUCAUCAAUUUAAAGAACCAAUGUUACCACAAAAAGGACCUCAAAAAAAACCAUCUCAAUCAACUUUUGCAUCAUCAAAAUCAAGUAAUUCAACAAGAAGAUCAAUUUUAGAAUAUGAAUUUUCAAGAAAAAAAUCACCUGGUUUACAUCCAUUAAUGCUACAUGAUAAUGGUAGUACACAAAGUUCAGAUGGUGAAGUUAAAAUCCAAAAUGUUAAUACUAUUGCAAGACGUGGUUUAGGUUUUAGUAUUGUUGGUAUUGUACCUUCAAUUCAUUCAGCUAAAAGUCCAACAAUGCCAGGGUUUGAUAUAGUUGAUGAUAAAGAUGAUAUUGAUGCUCAUCCUAAAAAAGAAUUAAAAGAAAAAGAUUUACAAAGAAUAAAAGAUCAACAAUUUAAAAUGUUUAAAAAUUCCCAUAAAUCACCAUAUGAUAUAAAUAAUGAACCUAUUGAAUUAAAAGAGAAACAAAAUAAAACAUAUUUUAGAGAAUCAUUUGAUGGUUCAGAUACAGAUAUUUCUUCUUAUUAUGAUGAUGAUUUAUUAUUGAAAAAAAUUCAUCGUUAUAGAUCAAAUAAAUCAUUGAAUAGAAAUGUUCAAACUAAAAGAGCAGAUACAAUGGCUUGGAUAAUUUUUUUAAUUUCAUUUAUAGUACCACCAUUGUUUUUCUUUCUUGGGUUUGGAUUAUUAGAUCAAUUUAUUGGUCGUAUAACACCAAAUAUAAAGAAGAUAUCACUUAUUGUUGGUAUGCUUGUUUUAUUAACUAGUUUAGCGUGUAUAGGAAUUGGUUUCGGAGUUGGACUUGCAUCAUUAUAA